AUGAGUAUCGUGCAAGGAAUGAACAACUCGAAUGGGUAUACGGAGAACCAUUUGGAGACCAAGAUGGAGCCCGAUUUCGACGAGAAGAAGAGACGCGAGAUAAAAGGUGUCACGUACCAGAUAAUCAUGUCUCUGUGCGCGAGUUCCUCUGUUCUGGGCCCGUCCAUGGCUUUCGGUUACAGUGCCGUGGUACUGGGACCGCUAAUGGCACCCACAAGCGACGUGCAAGUGGGCAGAGCUCAAGGAAACUGGAUAGCGACGGUGACUGCGCUGGGAAUUCCGUUCGGCUGUAUCCUCUCGAGUUACACCAUGAGACGCGGAAGGAAACUGAGCCUCCUGAUAACGUCGGUCCUCUCCUUCGUCGGCUGGAUGGUCAUACACUUCUCCACCACAUACGAGCAGAUCCUCGUCGGCAGAAUAAUAUCCGGAAUCGCGACCGGUUCCGCCGCGGUGCCGGCAACUGUUUACUGCGCGGAGGUCGCCUCACCAUUGUGGCGGGCCACGAUGGUUACCUGGACUAGCGUGUCGGUCGGCAUCGGUGUUCUGAUUGUUUACAUUUUCGGUUACCUGUUCGAGGACAACUGGCGACUGGUAGCUCUGAUGUGCGCCCUGUUUCCCCUGGUCUCGGGAGCGGUGACCUUGGCCGUCGUCCCAGAAACCCCGAUCUGGUUGUGGGACCGAGGUCGUCUAGACGAGGCGCUCGAGACCCUGCAGAGAUUCCGCGGCAUUCCAAAAAAUACGCCUCCCUCGUCGGACCUACUGCAAGAACUGCGGCAACGCCCGCAGAAGAAGAACCAGAACCUGAUGAGACACCUGCUGAAGAGGAACGCGAUCGUGCCGUUCGCGAUUAUGCUGACAUACUUUUUCUUUCAGCAGUUCUGUGGUAUCUUCGUGGUAGUUUACUACGCUGUCGACAUCAUCGAGAGCUCGGGGAUCACCAUGGACCCUUAUUUAGGGGCGGUUUUAAUAGGAUUGACCAGAUUGAUCGGCAGUCUAUUGGUCGCUGCGGUGUCUGGACGAUUCGGUAGACGGAUUCCAUCGAUCGUUUCUGGUAUUGGAAUGACGAUUUUCAUGGGUAUACUGUCUGUUUAUCUGGUGUUGGCGGACAAAGGAUAUGUCAUUGAAGACGGGGGACUGAUUCCUGUGAUCUGCGUGCUUAUGUACAUCUUCGCCAGCACUCUGGGCUUCCUGGUGGUCCCGUUCGCGAUGGUGGGGGAAAUUUAUCCUACGAAGGUGAAAGAGGUAUUAACAGGAGUGACCACGUGCGUGGGAUAUAUAUUCAGCUCGAUCACGGUGAAGAUUUACCCUGAUAUGGAGACAUCGAUGGGCACACACGGUGUAUUUAUAUUCUUCACGGUGAUGUCUUUCGUCGGGACACUGUUCGUGCAAUUCUUCUUGCCGGAGACGAAGGGAAAGACCUUGAUGGAGAUCGAGGAGAUGUUCAGGAAGAAGGACAGUCCUGAUUCGCCGGAGGCGAAGAGGAUGGUGGUUCUCAAAGACGUUUCCGCGGGUGUAUAGGACGCGAUUCUUGUACAGUUAU